AUGGAUGUUCACAAUGCCUUUCUGCAUGGUGAUCUUGAUGAGGAGGUGUGGCGCAUUUUAUCCCAGCCUCAGUGUCUGUUAGCUAAGGUUUUAAAAGCCCGUUAUUUUCCUUUUUCUGAUAUUUUAACUGCAAAGGUUGGUUCUUACCCUUCCUUUACCUGGAGGAGUAUCUGCAGUGCUCGGGAGCUGAUUGGAGAGGGGAUUUUAUGGCGAGUGGGUAAUGGUGUUCGUGUCAACAUCUGGAAUGAUCCUUGGUUACCUGGAAGAGAAAAUAACAGAAUUCCGAUUCAGAAAAUUUGGCCUGCCUGGACAACGGUUAAUCAACUUUUUAGUAAUGGGAACAGUACCUGGAACAGAGAGUUGGUCCAUAAGUUAGUGGAUGUCGAUACAGCAAAUCGUAUUUUUUCUAUUCCAAUCUCUGAACAGAGACCAGAGGAUGUACUGGUUUGGAAGCAUGAAGGUUCAGGUGAGUUUACUGUUAGGAGUGGUUACCGGGUUCUCUUUACAGAAAGGUUACAGAAUGUUUUGUCCAAUAGCAAUGAGGACUACAAAUGUUUUUAUACUAAUCUAUGGGCUUUGAACAUCCCUAGUAAAAUUAAAAUACAUGUUUGGAGGGUGUUUAAUAAUCUGGUGCCUCAUUAUGGGAAUCUGAAUCGUCGAACCUUGUGUGUGGAGACUGCGUGCCCGCUAUGUAAGGAAGUGUUGGAGGACACUGAGCAUUUGCUGUGGUCCUGUGGGGCUCUGCGGAGUGUGUGGACUUCGUUGCAAAUCAAACUCCCUCAUUUUGAUGCUUCGCUGGAUUAUAAAAAUUGUUUUGUUAGUACAUUUCUUGCAGAAGAUGGUCGACAAAGAAGACUCAUUUCAAUCUCUUUAUGGUGUCUUUGGUAUCAUAGAAACAAGUUGGUCCAUGAAGGGGUUAAGUUCUCAAUGUCAAAGGUAUUGAGAUUCAUUAGGGGGUAUGACCAUGAUACUUGGUUAGUUAACAAGAAUCCUCUUUUAUCUUCUGGUUGUCGGGGCAAGGAUAUUUGGAGGCCUCCUGAAUCUGAUAUUAUCAAGCUUAAUUUUGAUGCGUCUUAUUUACCGGAGAAGAAGAUUGCUAUAACAGCAGUAUUAGCCAGAGAUAGUAGAGGAAAGGUUGCAGGGACUGAUACUUAUCUGUUUGAGGAUGUUGGUGAUGCUUUUGUGGCAGAAGCACGAGCUUGCGAAAGGGCGUUGCUAUUCGCGCGUAUGAUGGGCUUUCGGCGUCUGAUCGUGGAAGGUGACUCUUUAACAGUCAUUAAAUCUAUUAUGAAAAAGAGGAAGACAGAUCGGUUCUUAGGCCGAUUACUUUUCAUAUUCAGUGUUUACAACAAUUGUUUGAAGAAGUCACUUACAUUUAUGUGCCUCGGACGAUUAAUAGGGCGGCUCACGUUUUGGCGAUGGAAGGACGGAGAAGAGGAAUAUGCGGGAACUGGAUUGCAGUGGCAGGUGUUGAGGAGAGCUGGUUGGCUGAUAUUGGAUGUUGAAACGGUGCUUCUGCAGGCUCAUGGGUUCCAUUUUCUUGAGUCUAAUUAA